CGCUAACGCUACGGCGAGAGGAAUCUUAGGAUUUGUACGACUUGUACGUAAGCGGGCGGCGCGCGCGCACUCAUGGAGGGUUCGGCCUUCAUUCUUGUGAUAUUUUGCGGACUUUUCAAAUAUGGGUCCGCGAUUAUAUGCUACGAAUGCAACAGUGCCACUAACCCACUAUGCGAGGAGAAGGUGCUUCCGGACAGCCUGAAGAGGAACUGCUCAGACCUGGACCGAGGGGUGACGCACACGCUGUGCAGGAAGAUCAUACAGUAUGUGGACUACGGUAUUAAUGGCCAGCGGCCUUCUAGCAGGGUCGUCAGAACUUGCGGCUGGGAUGAGACCAAGUACAAGGGCACCUGCUACCACCGUUCAGGGUACGGAGGUCGUCAGGAAGUAUGCACCUGCACCAAGGAUCUGUGCAAUGAUGGUCACGUGACCCACGUCUCCACCGCCAUCCUCCUCACCACGAUAUCUGUGUUUAUCCUCAAAUAGAUUCCAUUUUAGUACCAUAUUUUAUUUUAUUUAGAAAGUACUAUGGCAAAAAACCCUAGGCCAGUAGGCAAUAGGUACGUAUGAGACCCCUGGAGUUACAGGCGUCUAUAAGAUGCCGUCAUCACUUACCAUCAGCUGUCGGCCAAUUGAUGUUUACCUGCUUGAUAGUGUUAAAAAAAGUGUGUAUUAAAAAAAAUGGGUAAUAUUGUAAUUCGUUGCUUUGUAAUAAAAAUGCUGUUUGAAUGUC